GGUUUGCAUAGUUCUGUUAUUCAUUGAAGCAUUGUUUGGAGCUAAAGAGAUUCAAAGGCAAGCUCUAUCAAUUCACUGACCUAAAGAGAAAAUGGAGCUUAUCUCUCUGUUACGACCAUCUCAUAGUGUGAUUGCGAUUGCCAUAUUCACCGGUUGUUUCAUGAACAUUAUUGUUGUGCAGGCACAAGACAGGUCUAGUAAUUCAACAGAUGAAUUGUCUCUCUACCAAUUUAAGAGAGAGGGUGACAUUUAUGGAGUCUUGACCACAUGGAACUCAGGCACGGCUUUCUGCGAUUGGCGAGGAGUUACUUGCGACCAAAAGAGGGAGAGAGUCAUGAGGUUGAACCUCUUAGGCCUAGGUUUGCGAGGAAGGAUCAGUCCUCACAUUGGUAAUCUUUCUUCUCUUACCGAUCUCGACCUUAGCAGCAACUCUCUUAAUGGCCCCAUUCCAGAAGAGAUUGGGCGGUUAUCUCUCUUGAAGAGCCUCAAUCUGCGCAACACUGGAAUAAGUAAAAUUCCAAUCAAUUUCACUAGAUGUUCUCUUCUUGAAUUCCUUGAUUUGUCUGCAACUUUCAUUUCCAAUGAAUCCCUUCCUUCAGAUCUUGGCUUAUUAUCUUCUCUGCAAGAGUUACAUCUUAGUUAUAGCGCUUUUCUUGGAUCUCUCCCACCCGUCAUUGCAAACCUUACAUCACUAACCAUUCUCGACCUGAGUUUUAACAAACUAACGGGAGCAAUACCUGCAGAUUUAGGUAAUUUGAUACAGUUGGAGUCUUUGAUCCUUAAAGGAAACUUAUUUAUGGCUAAAAUUCCUUAUGAAAUCUACAAAAUGUCAUCUCUUUUGCAUUUGGAUAUCUCAUUUAACAACCUAAAAGGAGAAAUCACGCCAAAUAUUGGAAACCUCAUUCAUUUGACAUUCUUAGAUCUCGGGUUUAACAUGUUGAAUGGUAGUAUGCCUGACGAAAUCGGACAACUUGAACACUUAGAAACGUUAUAUUUGUCAGGAAACAUUUUGUCCGGUCAAAUCCCUUUGAGUUUGGUAAAUUGCUUGAAUCUCCGAAAUCUCAACCUCUCCCAAAAUAGGAUAAAUGGACACAUACCAGCACCAAUUUUUACCAUGCCACUAACAUCCAUUGACCUCUCCUACAACUACUUAUAUGGAAAUAUCCCAAAGAAUAUUUCAAACACAUUUUAUGAGAUUCACAUGACUAACAACUUAUUCACUGGUACGAUCCCUUCUUUUCUAGGUAAUUUGGAGUACCUUAAAGUGUUGGACCUCUCUGCAAAUCACUUGCUAGGACAGAUUCCAGAGACAUUCAAGAAUCUCAAAACAAUUGAAGAACUCAAAUUGUCUGGCAAUAACUUGUCUGGAAAGUUUGUUGAAAAUCUGGAAUACCUUAUGACUUUGAGACACUUAGAUCUAUCACAUAAUGAUCUGGAAGGAGAGGUUCCGGAUGAAGGGAUAUUCAAGGUUAUUUCUCCAAAUGAUCUCCAACUCCGAGGAAACAAAAACCUCUGUGGUGGAACAAGCCUUGUGAACUUGCCUGCUUGUCCCAAUCAAACACAAACUUCUCAUCAAGAGCACAGCCAUAAAACAAUGAAAAUAACAAUCCUCAUCAUAAGCGUGCCUAUCUCAAUGAUUCUAUUGUGCAUAACUUUGCUACUGCUGCGAAGAUAUAGAUCGAGAAGUGGCCUCCCUUCAAGCAUACAAUUAAAGAGGGAAUACAUAAAAAUUUCAUAUGAAGAGCUCUCUGUUGCAACUAAUGGUUUUAAUAUGGACAACCUAAUAGGCUUCGGUAGUUUUGGCUCAGUUUACAAGGGAAUCCUUGGUGAUGGAACCAUUGUUGCUGUUAAAGUCCUCCAUUUGAAACGCCGAAGAGAUCUCAAGUUUUUUGUGGCUGAGUGUAGAGCUCUUAGUCGCAUUCGGCAUAGGAAUUUGGUCAAGCUAAUCACUUGUUGCUCAAGCCGGGGUGUUGAAGGUAAUGAGUUCAAAGCCCUAAUAUUCGAAUUCAUGUCCAAGGGAAGCUUGGACAAGUGGCUGCACUCACCUCUUCAUUCGGUUAUGGAUAGUGAAGAUCAAAACCCCAAUUUCAACUUAAAUAUCUUACAAAGGUUGAGCAUAGCAAUAGAUGUGGCUUCUGCAAUGGAUUACCUACAUCAUGAUUGUGCACCACCCGUGGUGCAUUGCGAUCUAAAGCCGGGUAAUAUUCUUCUAGACGAAGACAUGGUAGCUCAUGUGGGCGACUUUGGCUUGGCGAGAAUCCUAUUUCCAGUAAAUCCAUUAGAACAUCACAGUAGCACACUUGGGCUCAAAGGAUCAAUAGGAUAUAUACCUCCAGAGUAUGGUUUUGGCGCUAAAGCAUCGAGGGAGGGAGAUGUUUACAGCUUUGGUAUUCUAAUUUUAGAGAUGUUCACCAGAAAAAGACCAACUAAUGAUUUGUUUGUAAAUGGAUUGAGCCUUAGAGAAUUUGUUAGCAAGGCUUAUCCCGAUCGGGUGCUGGAGGUUGCUGAUAAGAGACUCUUUGAAGGAGGAGGAACAAUCUCGGGGUGGGAGUGGCAAAAUCAGAUGCAACCAAGCUUGGUGGCCAUUAUGGGCAUCGGAUUGUCGUGUUCUAUGGAAUCACCAAAAAAUCGAAGCAAUAUGAGGGAUAUCUUGAAGAAUUUGCAGGAUAUCAAGAACUCGAUUGUGACUUUACAUUUAAUCAAUGCAGCAUAAGUGGCAAAAUGUAAUCUUCUAGGCAGCUCAACCCCCAUUCCUCUUGUUAGUCACCCGUGUUUGUGAGAUAUCAGUAGCUCGAUUUUGAAUUUACAUUUAAGCAAUGUAGAGGGGGAAUAUGUAAUCUUCCAGCCAGCUCAAGCCCCAUACCUCUUUUUAGUCA